CAGAAGGAAACCGAGCUAGGUAGUGGGAGAGAAAGAGAGAAUGAAAAAGCGGUACAAGAGUAAAGAAAGGAGGAAAGUCAAAGCACACAGACCUUCCCCACCCACGUGCAAGGCUGCGGAGCGCAGGAAAGACUACAAAUCCCGCGGUGCAUUGCGCCAAAGCGCUGCUCUCUCUCGCCCCCUGCAGGACCCCCUUUUGCCAGAGCUCCUGCAGCAUCAGUGGCUAGCUGCUGCUGUCGCUGCCGUUUGGUUUCUUCAUUUUCUCCUCCCGCUUGCAAUUCUCAUGCGGGAGGGAGGGCAGUGCAGGUGGAAAAGGGAGGAGGAAGGAAGUGCCAAAGCCAGGAGGAGCCGCAGCCGCUGGGCUGAUCAGGAGAGCCUUUGCAAGAGGAGGAGGAGGAGGAGGAGGAGGCAGGAGAAGACAAGAUCCUGCCCUUCUGACAGCUGCUGAACCAGCUGUUACUGCUGGACCCGCAUCCUCUGCCCCGCGAGGAGGAUGCGAUGUUGUGACACUCAGUAGCCACAGAGCUCCGUAGGAUAGCAGAGAGAGGUUAUGGUCCAAAUAGCAUUCUCUCUGUCGGGAGAAGGUGAAGCAAAGAGGCAGAGAGACGUCGCUGAAGCAAAAGGCUGCCUUGUGCAGGAGAAGAAUUAGCUAGGAUUGCAAGCCCAGAUUUCCCUUGGCCAGCAUGUUACGUUCGGCGGCUCUGCUUCUCCUCUUCGUGGUCUUCCGGCUGUUCCUGGGGUUGCCAUGGAUCCAGGUGGUCCCAGCUCUCUUAAUAUUCUACUUGGGAUCUGGAGGAUGGACUUUCCUUCGCAUCGUCAUCAUGACAGCCAGACGGGAUGUUUCGACUGGAUACGUUGUCCUCUUGACUCGGUUGAAGGUUUGGUGGUACGUGAAGCACAAGUACACAGUCCCAAAGCUCUUCCAGCAGGCAGCACGCAAGAAUCCAGGAAAAGCAGCCCUGAUUUUCCAGGGGACAGGCGAGACGUGGACUUUCCAAGACCUGGAUAACUAUUCCAACCAGGUGGCCAACUUCCUGUAUGAAAGAGGCUUCCGCUCUGGGGAUGUCAUCGCCCUGUUCAUGGAAUCCCGCAACCAGUAUGUUGGUCUCUGGCUCGGCAUGGCCAAGAUCGGUGUGGAGGCUGCCCUCCUCAACUCUCACGUGCGGCAGGAGUCGCUCCUUCACUGCAUCAACAUCUCGCACUCAAAGGCCGUCGUGUUUGGAAGCGAGUUGGCUGAUGCCUUGCGGGAAGUACAGCCUUCUCUUGGGAAGUCCAUUCACCUCUUCUGUUCUGGCGACUGGAAAGCGGAAAGCAUACUGCCAGGCUCAGAACAUCUGGACCCUUUGAUUGAAAAAGCAUCUCGCCAGUCACCAACUCCCCCAGACAAGGGAUUCCUAGAUAGAUUGUUCUACAUCUACACUUCAGGCACAACGGGGCUGCCCAAAGCUGCAAUCAUUGUCCAUUGCAGGUAUUUCCGGAUGGCAGCCCUGGUUUUCAACGGCUUCCGCAUGCGACAGGACGAUGUGGUCUAUGACUGCCUCCCCUUAUACCAUGCAGCAGGUAACAUUGUUGGGGUUGGCCAAUGCGUCCUGCAUGGGAUGACGGUCGUGAUCAGGAAGAAAUUCUCAGCUUCUAACUUCUGGGAAGACUGUGUGAAAUACAACUGUACGAUCGUACAGUACAUUGGGGAGAUAUGUCGGUACCUGUUGAACCAGCCAUCUCAAGAGGUGGAGAGGAAACAUCGGGUCCGGAUGGCUUUGGGCAAUGGCCUGCGGGCUUCCAUCUGGAAGGAGUUCACUGAGCGCUUUGGCAUCCCCCAGAUAGCCGAGUUUUACGGAGCCACCGAGUGCAACUGCAGUGUGGGCAACUUUGACAACAAGCUGGGGGCUUGUGGCUUCAAUAGCAGGAUCCUUCCCAACAUUUACCCCAUCAACCUAGUCCGAGUGAAUGAGGAAACUAUGGAGCUGAUCCGGGGACCUGACGGGCUCUGUAUACGGUGCAAACCAGGAGAGCCAGGCCAGCUGGUUGGGCGCAUUGUCCAGAGCGAUCCUUUGCAGCGCUUUGAUGGCUACUUGAACAAUGAGGCCAACAAUAAGAAGGUUGCCCGUGAUGUCUUCACCAAAGGCGACUGUGCCUAUCUCACAGGUGAUGUUCUGAUCAUGGACGAGUUGGGCUACAUGUUCUUCCGAGACCGCACAGGAGACACUUUCCGCUGGAAGGGCGAGAACGUCUCCACGACGGAGGUGGAGGGGAUGCUCAGUCGCAUCCUAAACAUGACAGAUGUCGUGGUUUACGGGGUGGAAGUUCCAGGAACUGAAGGGAAGGCUGGGAUGGCAGCAGUUGUGGAUCCAGACCAGUCCUGUGACUUGGAGAGCUUUGCUGAGGAUAUGAAGAAGGCGCUGCCUGCUUAUGCCCGACCUGUUUUCCUGCGUCUGCUUUCGGAAGUGCACAAGACAAGUACCUUCAAGUUCCAGAAAAUGGACCUGCGUAAGGAGGGAUACGAUCCCAAUGUGGUGAAGGACAAGCUUUAUUUCCUGGAGCCCCGGCAGUGCCGCUACCUCCCGUUGAACGAGGACAUCUUCAAGAGAAUCCAGUCAGGACAAAUGAAGCUGUGAAACAGCCCCUGAUCUUCUGCCCCUCUGUCUAGGGUAGGGUGGUGGGACUGGUGUUUGCAUAGGAAAGGAAAAGCCAGUGAUGGUUAGAGAUUUAACAAAAUGGCGGCGGGAGGGGGGAGGGGGAGGCACAGCGAGUUGUUUUUUUGGUUUCGUUUAUGAUUUGACCUGUUUUCGUAGAAGACGAUGGCCAAUGGGGCAGCCUCCCCCAACCUGGUGCCCUCCAGGAGUUUCGGACUAUAACUCCCAUCGUGAGGGAAGCUUGCCAUAUGGUUUGCAGGGGGGCAGCUGGGGGCGGGGGGCAGGUUGAUGCAUACCAAAGCAUAGAAGCACUAUGGCUUUAUUUUCUACUUGGUUGGAACAGUGGCCGUGCUGUUUCCUGUUCCUCUGGGUUGAGCAUGCUAGGUCAAGUGUGUCAGUUUCAAAGGCUCUGCCCUCCGGUUCCCCAGGCCCCAUCCACCGCUCUACAUUUAAAACAAUACCACACCAUUUUGAACAGCCAUGGCUCCCACCCCCCACAAAGAAUUAUAGGAACUAAAGUUUGUUUAAGGUGCUGAGAGUUGUCAAAAGGCCGCCUGUUCCCUUGCCAGAGCUGAAGUCCCUCUUCACAGAGAACUCCGGGAGUUAUAGCUCUGUGAGGGGGUGGGCCUCCUAACAAAUUUUGGGACCCUUAGCAAACUACAGCUCCCAGGAUUCUUGGGAGCGGAACCCAUGACAGUUAAAAGUGGAACGGUACUGUUUUAAAUCUAUAGUGCGGACGAGGCCCUGAUCUCCCUUUGCCCCUUUUCUGUGUUUCCCCAUAGGACCCACAAGGGCUGCACUGCUUCAUUACGCCUCUGGGUGGUGCCAUUGCGCUUCGUUUCUCUGGGGUCCACCUUUGAUCCUUCUCUCUUGCCAUGGUUGUGAUUAUAACUUUUUAUGAGGAGAGAUUGUCUCUCUCGACUGCACUGUCCCUAGUUUGCGGAGUGGGCAGGAAGGGCACAGUGACUCAACUUAUUCCAGGGAUAUGGGUGGUGUGUUUAGUUUGGUUUUACUUUCACAAAUGGAUGUUUAUUUGUAUGUGCGGGUUUUCAUAUUAUUAUUUUUUUGCAAUUUA